UCACAAUAUUUCUAAUUGAUUUUAAUUCUUUUAGUUUUAUUCCACAUCGUCUCGAUUUCCAAAGCUUAUUUGUGGGAUUACUUUCGAAGUAGAAAGCUAUCGUGGACGUUUAUUCUGCUGCCGUGAUCGGUGAACCUGUGGCUGUGGCUAUGAUCGCCGUUUGAAACCGCUCUGAACAGCCAGCAUCUCGAUCUGGUGCUUUGCUUGUUUCGUCGCUCGACUCUUUUCUGAUUUUUGGUGUUAAAAAUGACGACCAUGGAACUUGACUCCAGAGCUGAGACUUUGCCCUUAAAAACUCUGGAUGAGCUGCUCAACUGGAUUCCAGAGUUGGCCAGCGGAUGUCCUGCCGCUGUAUCUCUUCCCGAACGGAAUGCGUGGUCAGAAAACAAGUGCCAGAGACGCACCUUGAUGUGUCAUGAUAUGCAAGGCGGAUAUCUCUGUGAUCGAUUUACGAACGGAUGCCGUACUGAACCUCACGAACCCUACAUUUUUUACCACUGGGCGUCCAUUCACGCUUUUAUUUAUUUCAGUCAUAACCUGGUGACCAUCCCGCCGACUGGUUGGAUUAAUGCUGCUCAUAAAAAUGGCGUAUCUGUAUUUGGUACCUUUAUCACCGAAUGGGAUGAUGGAAAAGCCAUCUGGCAGCGUUUAUUGAAUGAUGAAAACCUGCUGACAAGAGUUGCAUCCUUGUUAGUUCAGAUUGCCGAUUACUACGGAUUUGAAGGGUGGCUAAUAAAUAUUGAAAAUUCAAUAGAGCCUGAGAAUGUCGAUCAGGUGGUAAACUUUUUGCGGCUGCUUCACCAACGUUCCCGUCUUGUUUGCCAUCGCCCUCAAAAGCCUUUGUCGGUUAUUUGGUAUGAUAGCAUAACCAUAAAAGGAAGUUUGAAAUGGCAAAAUUGCUUGAACGAGGAAAACAUGAAAUUCUUUCAUGUCGUGGAUGGAAUAUUUCUUAAUUACAACUGGUCGCUGUCCGAUUUGGCCAAAGCCAAAAAGACCGCCACUCCAUAUCGCAAGUAUGAUGUUUUCGUCGGGGUGGAUGUGUUCGGACGGGGAUGCUACGGUGGCGGCGGUUGGAAUACGAAUUUAGCACUGGAAGUAAUCAAUGACCACGAUAUGUCUGUGGCCUUAUUCGCUCCCGGCUGGGUGCUCGAGUGCAACGAAAAGGAUAAGUUCUUCGAUAAUCAGAACAAGUUUUGGGACACCAUCGCACCCUUUUUGCCGCAGCACAAAAUAUAUAGCCUUCCUCUGCAUACAACAUUUUGUGCUGGAUACGGACACUGUCGUCACCGUGCUGGGCAAAAGGAUAACGGGAUGGCAGAAGGUGAUGGAAUGUGGGUUAAUUUAAGUGAACAAGGCCUGCAACCUCUCUGGAGUAAUGGAGAGUGUCAUUCGGAUAACUGUUAUCGAAUGCGCUUGUGUCAUCAGGAUAGCUGGCAUGGAAGCAGUUCGUUGGAAAUACUUUUUCCACCGAAAUCUGAUCAAGAAUGCGUUCUGUUCGCUUGCGCGGCACCAUUACAAAGUUCAUUACUUGUGGAGGUUACCGCAAAAUUACCGUUUGAUGGGAACAACCAGUUCGCGCUAAUCCUGUCGAUAAGGAAGCGCUUAGUAACCCGUAAAAUACGUCUUCACUUAAGUGAACAAAACGCAGCAGUGAAUGACUGCAGCCCAUGCACAGUUUAUCCAACAGCAAUAGCGCGAACUGCUUCGUCAGCCGACGACUGGUGGACCUUCCGCUACGAUGUGGACGACAUAGUAACAGCAAGUACCGUCCUGGAAAACGUCAGCUUUCUCGUAAGCACUACGAGCGAACAUGCUGUCCGGCUUCUCCUUGGGGAAUUAAAGAUUCAAGCCGGAAUACGACUACCCGCGCUUUCCGUACCAGUGGCCACUGGUACUUAACGAUCCACAACGUCUUUUCGAAGUCGAUUAUGAAAUUCUAUCUUUAUCAACAGUGGACAAAUUAAAUAAAAUAUAUGGACAACUUUUAGCAGUUUCGAUUCCGCCCACAGCGUGACUUAACUGAAAUCCUUUGUGCUAGAACUCCGGACAUCCUGGUUUCCAUUUCAGAUAUCCC